UGAAACAAAAAAUAAACCAAAGAUGUCGAAAGAAGGAGCUAGUAAGCAAUGCCAAGACAAUGGUAGAGAACUAAAUAAGGGAGUUAAUUUGAAAAGAUCUUUAGGGUACUUCGAUAGUGUGUGUUUUGUAAUUGGGAGCAUUGUAGGAGCUGGGAUUUUUGUAUCUCCUGCAGGAGUUCUGGAAUAUUCACAGCUUAACGUUGGUGUGGCUCUAUGUAUAUGGGCUGCUUCUGGAGUAUUGAGUAUGAUGUGUUCCCUCUGUUACGCAGAAUUGGGUUCUGCACUGCCAUAUACUGGAGGGGAAUACUUUCAUGUUAAUCGAGGACUUGGAUCUCUACCAGCUUUCAUCUUUAUCUGGACUUUAACAUUGUUUAUACGGCCUGCAUCCAACGCAGCCCGUGCUCUGACUUUUGCAGAAUAUGUCACCAAGCCAUUUUAUUCUGGAUGUCCAGUACCAGACCUUCUGAAGAAAAUAAUAGCUAUUGGCAUCCUUUGGGUUCUAGGAAUCAUAAAUACUAUGAGUGUAAAGAUUUCAACCUGGGUACAGAAUAUAUUUACUGUGCUGAAAAUGAUGGCACUGAGUCUAAUUGUGAUUUCUGGACUUGUACUUCUUGGGACAGAUAAAGGCAAUUCAGAAAGCUUUAAAGAUGCUUUCAACGGUCAAGUUCCUAACGCAGUACAAAUUGCAGAGUCAUUCUAUCAAGGUCUAUAUGCGUUUUCAGGGUGGAACUAUUUGAAUUACCUCGCUGAGGAGAUAAAACACCCAAGCAAGAACAUUCCCCGCACAGUAUUCACGUCCAUAACUGCAGUGAUUGUGUUCUAUCUGCUGGUGAACAUCUCGUAUCUAACAGUGCUCUCACCCAGGGAGAUUGUAUCUUCAGCUGCAGUCUCGGUAACAUGGGCUGAUAGAGCAAUUCCAACAGUGGCCUGGAUUAUCCCUGUGUCAGUUGCUGUCUCAAUAUUUGGUUCUCUCAACGGUGGCAUAUUUAUGUUAGGAAGACUAAACUAUGCUGGAAGCAAGGAGGGUCAUCUGCCAUCCAUCAUAUCCAUGAUUCAUGUGCAACAUUUAACCCCAGCACCAGCCAUGAUCAUCUCUAUAAUUAUAUCAUCUAUUUUCGUCAUCCCUUCUGACCUCCUCUCUCUAACAAACUACUUUUCAUUUUGUUUCUGGCUUUUGAUUGGCCUGACUACCGUAAGUCUGAUUGUUCUACGUUAUCGUGAACCUAAUCUUCACAGGCCGUACAAGGUCUUCCUUCCAAUUGCAUAUGGAGUUGUUGCAGUGACAUUAUUUUUAGUGAUUGCUCCAAUCGUACAAAGUCCAAAAGUUGAAUAUUUCUAUGCUUUGCUGUUUAUGUUGAGCAGCCUGAUUGUGUAUUUUCCAUUUGUAUAUUUCAAGUUGCGUCUACCCUACUUUGAUAAGAUCACAUGCUUUUUACAGCUUUUCCUUGAAGUGUCACCCACUAAUAUAUAUGAAGACUGUAAAGAUCAGUAACAUUGACAACUAAUUUCAAACUGAUGUUCUGUAGGCUUAAAGUGGCACUACAUACACUGUAACCGCUAUAGCUCAUUGCAGUGAUUAUGGUGCUGUGAGUCUUUUGGCGCCUUCCCCCAGAUUUGUGUCAACAUCUUUUCAAGAGGAUGAACUUUUGCAUUAGUUGUCUGACUCCCUUUAAGUAAAUUGCGCUACCAUGCAGGCUCCACCACGCAGACUCACCGCCUAGGUGGUGUUCUCUUUGACUCCAACCUCUCCUUAACCCCUCAUGUUCAGUCUAUUGCCAAAUCCUGCCGCGGCCAUCUCCUGCCGUGCCUAUCUCAAAAACAUUGCAUGCAUUCGCCCAUACUGAAUGCCAUAUGCGGCUAAGGUGCUGGUUCAUGCCACUGUCCUCUCUUGCUUUGACUACAGUAAUCCGCUUCUCAGUGGACAUACAUGCUCCCAACUUGAGCCGUUACAGUCUAUAAUGAAUGCAACAUCGAGGCUCAUCUUUUUGUCUGCCCACACUUCCCACGCCUCAUCCCUCUGUUAGUCCCUGCAUUUGCUUUCCAUACGAUAUAGGGCUCAAUUCCGGUUCUUGCUUUCAAUUCUCUACACAUUGCUGCUUCCAUCUAUCUAUCCUCCCUAAUACACAAGUAUGUCUAGUCUAGGCCCCUAUGCUCUGCAGAAGACUUCCAUCUAUCUUCAUUCGUACUCCCACCUCUGAUGCUCACCUUUCUGUUGAACUCCCUUCCCUCUUCUGUUAGAUGCUCACCCAGUCUCCACUACUUCAAAAAAAUCAUUAAAACCUCACUUAGAAUCCAAACCAAGUAGUAAACAGUGAAGCGCUUAUUUCAAAUAAAGUGAAUAAAGUACAAAUAAUAUCAUCAAAUACCUUAAUAAUAUUGGUGUAUAACCUUAUACAAAAAGGGCUAUAUGAAAGAUAUAUACAAUAGGGCAAAACCUUAUGGAAGAACAAUUUAAAAUAUGUGACAAUGGAACACUUUCAUAGUAUAGAGCUUACAACCAAGCUCUGGUGCACACAGCAGUUGGGUCCAUUUAGACGACCAUCCCCUUCAUAGUGCCGUUGUCUUUUUUAGCCAUUCCUGUAUAACGGCUUGAGAAAAACAUAUAUUGAGCAAUAUAGUAUAUUAUGGUGAAUCCUUUUACUAUAAUAAAUAUGGUACUCACUAAAGUUAGAGCCUGGAAUAGACUCAAGAAAAGCGCAAUGUGCAGUUUGGGACAACACUUCCAUCUUUACAUAAAGCGAAACCCGGUAUCAUAAAUUAGCUUAAAAUGUAUUAACUAAUAUAUUUAUAAAACAACAAAAAUUUUAAAUCAAAUAUAUAAAGCAAUAUGCAAUAUAUACUUCAAUUUCUUAUAGAUCCCCAGGAAGCAUUUCACCAGUCCUCCACCGGCUUCCUCAGCUGGACAAGUCUCUAAAGAUCAGUGAUAUUGACAACUCAUUUCAAACUGAUGUUUUGUAGGUCUAUAGUGCCACUACAGGCACUGUUACCUUUUCAGCUUUUUGUAGUGGUUAUGGUACUGUAUGACUUUUGAUGCCAUCCCCCAUAUUUGUGUCAAUGUCAUCUCAAGAGGAUGAACUUCUGCAUUAGCUGUCCAGCCGUGGGUGCAAUGAAAGUAGAGGGUGCUUGACUAAUCUAGCACUGUGGCUUGCUACUAUCAUUACCAUUUGAAGUUCAUGUCAUCAAACUCACAUCAGAGUGGUCAGCUUUAGAUGCCAGGAAAGCAGAUUUUUUUUUUCACACCUCUAGAAAAUUGUUUGGCACAAACAGAGAACGGUACCCACAAAUAAUUGUGAUAAGCUGUAGUUGUUAUAGUACUCACAGUAUUGCUAUAACAAUGAAAGGUCUGCUGUUUUAAAAUUGUAUCCAUGAUGUAGUGGAGUGCUUAACAUAUUAUGGUUUGGUCAGAUAUUUGAUUUUAUGUAGCUUUGUAAAAUGUAGUUAUUUUUUUU